AAGAUUACAUUAUGGUUCUUCAACAUGCAAGAGGGGGAAAUUUUAAUAAUUGGUUAAACAAUAAUUAUAAAAACUUUAAUUGGUCCUAUAAAUUAAAAGUGUUAAAUAAUAUUAUUAAUGGUCUUAAAGAAAUCCACCAAAAACAGUUGGUUCAUCGUGAUUUACACACAGGGAAUAUAUUAUUUAAGGAUACUUAUUAUUGGGUUACUUCAAACUAUAUUUCAGAUAUGGGAUCAAGUGGAGAAGUUGAUAAUAUGGAUGAAACAAAUAUUUAUGGAGUUAUGCCUUAUGUAGCUCCUGAAGUAUUAAGAGGAAGUACUUAUACUGAAGCAGCAGAUGUAUAUAGCUUUGGCAUGAUUAUGUAUUUUGUGGCAACUGAGAAACAACCAUUUGCCAAUCGUGCACAUGAUGGAUUAUUAGCAUUAGAUAUAUGUAAUGGAAUUAGACCUGAAAUAAACGAGCAAGAAGCACCUAAGUGCUAUAUUGAUUUAAUGACAAAGUGUUUGGAUACAAACCCAGCCAAUAGAUUAAAUGUUAAUGAAGUAGAAGAAUCAAUUAAGUUAUUUUAUGAAGAUCAAUUCAAAGCAGCAGAAGAAUAUAGAUUAAAUAAUAAUGAUGGGGAUAAAGAUAAUCAGUCAACUCAUCCUCAAGCCAUUUAUACAUCUAGAUUACUUAAUCCUUUUACAAAAAGUCUUCCAAAAUACACGGAUGAUAAUACUGAUUGCUUGGACUGUGCAAUUUAA